AUGCCAGCUGAGGCCCCGGAGUCGGCGCUUUGGCGUGCUGCGUUGCAGAGCCGCCUCCUCCUCGGUGGACGCCUAGGUGUUGGAGAGCCUUUUCAUGCUGGCUACGAGUCGACGCUGGCAAAUUACGUAGCUGGCAUCCCUUGGCCUGACUACAUGUGGUUUGGGGCAGAACCGGCAAACCCACCGUUGAAGGUCCACACAGAGAAGUCGCGCCUGUACCACACGGAUGUCAUUGAGCGUGCAGUUCUCAGCGGCAUUGAGCGGCGCCGCCAGUUUUUCAUGAACCUCCGACUUCAACGGAAUGAGGAUGACACAUUCUAUGGCAGGAGCAGCCGCAACCCAGAGAGGCCACCCUUGCCGACUCUUCAUGUUGAGCUGAAGAGGAACGAGUGCCACUUGAGCGUGGCUUCCACCACAAUACCGCAGUUGCGUGCUUAUUCCCUUGCAGUGGAGGAAAUGGAGGACCUGAAGGAGGGGCGUGGAAGUGGCUGGACGCUGGGCGAGUCUCAUGCGGCUGCCUGCGUGUUGAAGUCCCAGUGCUUGCAGCUGCUAGAAGAAAACAGCAAAGCUGGGCGACAUUUCUGUGUGUGGGACCCUUUCUGCGGCCGCGGUACACUACUUCUGGAGGCCCUGGGCCUGGCCUUAGGCGUGCCUCCGGCUAGUCCAGUCAUGCAGAUGCCGUUUCAAGAGUUCCCCAACUUUGAUCGAGUCCGCUUCCGAGAGGUGGUGCGCUCGCUUGAGCUAUCUCCUUCUCCAUCAGUCUCCAACCUUGUGCUGGUUGGCAGCCACAGCGAUGCUGACAUCCUCAAGGUGGCCAAUAGGAAUCUGCAGGCUUUUGCUCGCGCCCUCCCGCGCUCGCGAUCAGGGCCAGGAUCCCUCCUCUGGCCAUUGCCCAGUGGUGACGUGGCGGACAAGGAGGAUCCUCUGAGCAUCUCCAAGAGGCGGCUUCCGUGCUCUGUGACGUUUCAGUGCAACGAUCCUGGGUCGAUGCUGGGGGUUCUACGUGGUCACCCCACGAUGAUUCUGACCAACGUUCCUUAUGGCAACAAGGUCGACUCUAAGAAGGACCAGCGCUUGUACGCCCGCUUUGGCAAGAUGCUGAAGGCAGAGCAGGCGCACGGCUACCUCCAAGGCGUUUUUUGCCUUUCCGCUCGCGAGGACUUCAAGCGCCUGACCGGACUGGACUGGCGAACUGAGCUACGCUUUCAAUGUAGUGGUGUUCAAGUCGAGCUAUUGCGGUGGACUGGCCGCACAGCUUCGUCGGCCCAAUGGCGCAUAGACAAGGCCCCAAAGAAGGCGCCUGUGACAGAGGCAGGACGCAUGCUAAGCUCGGGAACCAUAUCAUGCCGUCCCACACAUCGUAAGCCGGACUCACCCAGCAUUUUCUGCUUAUGA